CGAGAUGACGAGACCAAAAGAAAAAUGAGCCGAGAAGGGCACAAUGUUGAUCUGGAAUCGAAACCCUUCAUUCCGCCCGCCUACCAUACCUCCCCACCUUGACCGCACGUUGGUUUUCCUAAGGACCCUGCUCGAAUCGGACUAGAGCUUACCCAAGUUUGCAAUGUAGGCUUGGAUAAAGUCAAUAUAUCCCUGGCUGCAGGUGCAUCUUGCCUGCCGGGAUGGUUGGUUGCUUGACUCUCAACACAACCACUUGAGACGAAUAUGGCCUGACGACGUGACGUGGACACUAGAAACAUCAAGCAACGACGAGACGGCGCGAUAAACGGCCCCACUCGAAAGAGGACCCUCCUGCUGUACGCAAGAGAAAACGAAUAAAACGGGCCACGAAGACGUCCUCGUCUCAAAUUGUUCGGCAUACUACCGCAAUAUCUAUCGGUGUUGGCGUGGUGAAGACGACGUUCGUCUUGAUCUCGACCCAUAGCGGCGCUAUGUCUCUCCCACUCGACCCUGCCAUCGCGCAGGCCCUCGCGACCACAUCCUCAGUGCCAAUUCCAUUUCGCAUGCGCACCAAAUAUGUGCACUCAACCUGGGCGCAGACCUUCACGUCGCUUCCCGAGCUGUACAUCCAACCCGAGUCGCUCGAGGAGAUCGAACACGUAGUCAACGUCGCGCGGAAAUGCCGACGGCGCAUCACAACGGUGGGGUGCGGACACUCGCCCAGCUCGCUGACGUGCACGUCGUCGUGGCUCGUCAACCUCGACAAAUACAACCGCAUCCUGGCCGUGGAUGAACAGACGGGCAUCGCCACCAUGCAGUCGGGGAUCCGGCUGUGGCAGUUGAGCGAGCAAUUAGCCCAACGGGGCCUGGCCAUGCCCAAUUUGGGCAGUAUCAACCACCAGAGCAUCGCGGGCGCCAUCUCGACGGGCACGCACGGGUCCAGUUUACGUCAUGGUUUGGUAUCUGAGUCGAUCCUGUCGCUGCGCAUCACGCUCGCCGACGGCACGACAAGGAACUGCUCGCCGGAUGAGGACCCGGAGCUGUUCCGCGCGUCGCUCAUUUCGCUCGGCGCCCUGGGCAUCAUCACCGAAAUUACCUUUCGCGCCGUGCCCGCCUUCAGCCUCAGCUGGAAGCAGGUCAUCGACACCGACUUGAGCAUGUUCAACCGGUGGACCGAUGACCUCUGGACCCACGCCGAGUUCGUCCGCGUCUGGUGGUUCCCCUAUACCCGCCGCGCCGUGACCUGGUCCGCGUCCAAGACGGAUGCCCCCUUGGUCCUGCCCCCCGUGUCGUACUACGACAACGCGCUGGGCUACUACGUCUACCACAAUCUGCUGUACCUCGCGCAGUACGUCCCGCGCAUUCUCCCAUGGGUCGAAUGGUUCGUCUUCGGCAUGCAAUACGGCUUCCCCAACGGGUCGACCACCUCCGCCGUCCAGCCGAGCCGCGACGCCCUGCUCAUGAAUUGUCUGUACUCCCAAUUCGUCAACGAGUGGGCCAUCCCUCUGCACAAAGGCCCCGAGGCCCUCCGCCGCCUCAGCACCUGGCUCAACCACCUCACGCCCGACGACCCGGAUUAUGCUCCCCACAAUAUCCCCUUCUCCGCCGAGGGGCUCUACGUGCAUGCCCCCGUCGAGGUCCGCGUCAGCGAUACCUCUAACCCCUCCCUAUCCUCCGUACAGACCCACACCCGCCCAUACCUUGACCCGACCUGCCCCGACGAACCAACCCUCUACCUCAACGCGACGCUGUACAGACCUUACAUGGCCGACCCCCCCUGUCGGGCGCGGUACUACGAGGCGUUCGAGUGGCUGAUGCGCGACAUGGGCGGGAAACCGCACUGGGCUAAGAACUUCGAGACCGAGGGGCAGGUGAUUGAGGAUAUGUACGGCGAGGCGCUGACACGGUGGCGCGAGGUCAGGGACGAGGUUGACCCCCAGGGCAUGUUUGCUGGGGCGUGGCAUCGUAGGUAUGUCCUUGGGUCCGGGGCGAAGUUGGAGUUAGAGGAGAUUGAGGUUGGGUGUGAAAAGAAGUGGAGUGGGGGUGUGACGUAUUUGGGGACGACGACGGCAUUGUUGGAGGGGAUUGUGGAGGAGGAGAGUAAAGAGUAGGGGGAGGCGGCAGGGACUUGCUUCAGAGCUCAACUGUUACUUGAGUAUUGGGGCUCGGCCUGGGCAUGUAGACAUUAUGUAUGUAUGUCUACAGCCUUUGAAGUAUCCCCCGUCAACGCAUUCGUAGUAGAUAACAUGGCACGACGAAAUGAAUUAACGCAUUUGAUUACGAGGGCACUGAUUGGUC